UAGCAUGAGCGGGUGACUGGGUGGUGUCGUGAUGGAGCUGAGAAGCAUGUCCGACGCGCUCCAAUUCCACGCGCAACUCCUGAAAGUGGGCAUUCAAAACGACGACGCAGCGCGCAACGUCUCCAAGCUCUUCACUUUCGCCGCCCUCUCUCCCGGCGGCAACCUCUCCUACGCUCGCCUCCUCCUCCGCUCCAUCCCCCGCCCCAACUCCUAUUACUACAACACCAUCAUCCGCGCCUAUUCCCGCAGCCCCGACCCCACCCACCACUUCCACGCCCUCUCUCUCUUCCUCUCCAUGCUCCACUACCAACCACCCCAACCCGAUAACUUCACUUACCCCUUCCUCCUUAAGUGUCUUGCCCGCUUGAAACUCACCCCACAAGGCAAACAGAUCCACGCUCUCAUCACUAAGACGGGUUUCGGGUCUGAUCAGUAUAUCCAGAACGCCUUGAUCCAUAUGUAUUCUGAAUUUGGCGAGUUGGGGUUUGCUCGCGAGGUGUUUGAUAGAAUGCCUCUUAGGGAUGUGGUUUCUUGGACUUCAAUGAUUGAUGGCCUUGUCAACGCUGACCGCCACGUCGACGCCUUGGCCUUGUUUGAUAGCAUGCUGAAAGCUGGGAUAGAGGUCAAUGAUGCCACGGUGAUGUCUGUUUUGAGGGCCUGUGCUGAAACCGGAGCUUUGAGUGUGGGGAAGAAGGUGCACAUGAUUGUGAAGGAGAAGAGGAUUGAUUCUAAGGCGAAUGUUGGCACUGCCCUUGUUGAUAUGUAUGCUAAAAGCGGGUGCUUAGAGAGUGCACGGAACGUGUUUGACAAUGUUGUGGACAAGGAUGUUUUUGUUUGGACCGCGAUGAUCUCUGCCCUUGCUAGCCAUGGAAUGUGCCAGGAAGCUGUUGGGAUGUUUGCUGAGAUGGAAACCUGUAGGAUAGAACCUGAUGAGAGGACAAUGACAGCGGUUCUCUCGGCGUGUAGGAAUUCAGGCUUGGUUAAUGAAGCUUACGUGUUUUUGAAUGAUGUGCCAAAACGUUAUGGUAUAGAGCCUACAAUUCAGCAUUUUGGCUGUGUGGUGGACCUCCUCGCGAGAGCAGGGCGUUUGAAGGAAGCCGAGGAUUUCAUUAAUACAAUGCCUAUCAAGCCUGAUGCAGUUCUUUGGAGGACCAUGAUAUGGGCCUGCAAACUUCAUGGGGAUACCGACAGAGCAGGGCGUCUCAUGAAAUACCUCAAACUACGAAAGAGAACUGCUGAUGAUGAUAGUGGGAGUUACAUACUCGCUAGCAAUGUUUAUGCUUCUUCUGGGAAGUGGUGUAACAAAGCAGAGGUGAGAGAGUUGAUGAACCGAAGGGGAUUAACUAAGCCUCCAGGGUGUAGUAGGAUUGAAGUUGAUGGCACUGUAUGUGAAUUUUCUAUGGGAGAUUAUAAUCACCCUGAAGCAGAGAAAAUAUAUGACAAAUUGGAUCAGAUUGUAGAUGAAAUUAGAAAGGAAGGGUAUAAUCCAAGAGUAUCAGAGGUGUUGCUUGAGAUGGAUGAUGAGGAUAAAGCCAUUCAGUUACUUCAUCAUAGUGAGAAGCUAGCUCUUGCAUAUGGACUAAUCAGGAAUAGGCAGGGUUCCGAAAUCCGGAUUGUGAAGAAUCUAAGGUCUUGUGAGGACUGUCAUGAGUUUAUGAAACUAGUGUCUAAGAUAUACCAAAGAGAGAUCAUAGUAAGGGACAGGAUACGGUUCCAUCAUUUCAAAAAUGGUGACUGCUCUUGCAAGGAUUACUGGUAGCUAUGGUAUCUGCUUUGGCCAUGGAAACAUUCGAAUUAAUGUUCAGUGACGAUGUGGAAAUGAUUGAAGAUCAUGAAUGAAACUCAUUAAUCAGCAAUGGCACAGUUCUGAUCAGAUACAUGAAUGUAUGGAGUAAACUGAUUAUAUUGGUCAUUGAUAAAUAGAUUGGUUGUAUGAAGUUAACGGUUUGAGUAAAGGGAUAUGAAAGGGGGAACCACGUUUAUUUUGGAGUUAUUUGUUCACUCGAUGAUUUAUUGUACAUGUUGAUGUGAGGCCAGGAGGGAGGUUGGUUUGGGUACCUUUCAUCGGCAUCUGUUGGUUCCAAUCGAACUAUCUUCUCUGAAAAAAGUCUUUUUUGCUGCAUUCCUUUUGACCUCCGCUUCAGUCUCUUUAUGCCGCCUCGCUUCUCUUGGUAUUUGCCCAGAUUUGCCCUUUUAACUUUGAUGUGUGUUGGUUUGUUCCUCUGAUCAUUCGGUUUUCUUGAUCUAUGUUUUGGAUAGCUUCUUGGUUGCAUUAGGCUCUGUUAUUGAGGCCUAUCUUUAUUGAACUUUGUUUGGCAUUCCUGCUUGAACUGUGUAAAUUUGGUGCUUUGUUAUCUUUCAUGAUUGUUGUAUUUUUUUGUUCGCUUUUGGUUUCAUUUGUUAGCUUUUGGUUUCAUGUGUUGGUUUCUAUGAUUUUUUUUUCACCGAUGGGAGUAGAGUUCUUGGACUUGAUGAUGCUGGAGUUCAUUGAACUGGUAUCUCCAUGACUCCAUUAGAUGCUUGAUCUUUAAGUUGCUUUUAUUUAUUUAUUUUUUUGACUACUUGGUCUUUGUUUGUAUAGCUUAUUGGCUUUAUUAUGCUCUAUUAUUCAGUUCUAGGUUCGCUGUUCUUUGUUUUGCUACCUAUGAUUGCCAUUCCACUUGAAUUUAGUAAUUUGAAUUUGGAAGAUUGGUGGCGGUGGUGGCGGACGAAGAUUGUCAGUGAUGAGGAGGAGGAUGAUGGUGAACACAUUAAAGAAGGAGAAAAGAAAGUUAGCCAACAUAAUUUUUGAAGCGAUGAGAAAAUGGGUGGUGGCGAAUGGUGAAUGGUGAAAGUUAGCCAAAAACAUAUUAAUUAUCCACAAAAAUUCAGCAACAUUUUCUUCAGUGGUACAACAACUUUCAUAGUGGCACGGUGUCACUAAUUUAACAGUGGCACCACAAAAUUCGCCAUAACUAUGUAUAUAUUGAGUCAACUCUCGGGCCAAUGAAUCUAGUUUAUCCAACGAUCCAAAGUUAAGACUCAAACUCAGGUCACAUGCUUAUGAAGUGAGAUUAUCUAGCUAUCAGUGGCUCAUAAAUUAGCUUAACUCACU